CGUCACCGCGCUCGGGGCACCCUCGUGCCUGGUUUGGCACGUCCGGGGGGUGUCACCCCCCCACCCCCUGUCCCCGAGCGGGGGGGACGGGGUGACCCCGGGGUGACCAGCCCCCCGUUGGGGUGUUCUCGGGGUGACGUACCCCCUCCCCGUUGGGGGUGGUGCGUUGGGACAGACCCCUGUCCCCCUGCAGUGUCACAGGGUGACACAACCCUGUCCCCACCGAGGUGUCCCCACCCCCCCCCAUUCCAUCGUGGGGUCACAGAGGUGACAGAGCCCCAUCCCCCUUGGGGUGACCCCCACAUAGCCCGAGGUGACAGUCCCCGUCACUGUCACGGGGGUGACGUGCCCCUGCCCCUUUUGGGGUAUCCCCAGGGGUGACACGGCUGUCACCCUCGGGGUGUCGUGGGGGUGACAGAGCCGUGUCCCCGCUGAGCUGGCACAGCCUGACAGAGCCCUGUUGUCCCCUCUCGGGGUGGCACAUGGUGACAUCCUCUUCCCCACUGGGGUGGCACGUGGUGACAUAACCCUGUCCCCACCGGGGCAGCCCAGGGGUGACAGACCCCCCACUGUCCCUGUCACGGGGUCAGGGGGUGACGUACCCCCGUCCCCAUCGUGCUGUCCCCUGUUCUUGGGGGUGACAGACCCCCCCACCGUCCCUGUCACGGGGUCAGGGGGUGACGUACCUCCAUCUCCAUCGUGGUGUCCCCCGUCCCCAUCGUGGUGUCCCCAGGGGUGACAGGCCCCCGUCCCUGUUGCGGUGUCACAGGGUGACACAGAGCUGUCCCCCCGGGGUGACAUCCACGCUCGGGCCAGGCCUGUGCCCAGCCUCGUGCCCCCGAGGGCCUGGGGGACCUGGGGGCGUUGGCAGGGGGGGUCCAGCCUUACCUCCGCCCUCGUGUCCCCUCUGUCCCCGUCGGCCACCCGUCCCCGUCCCUCUCCAGGCGCCAUGUCACUCUGUCCCUCCCGUGGCCACCUCCGGGGCCACCUCCUGGGCCACCUCCAGGGCUACCAGGGCCGAGAGCCACGGCGGGGUGGGGGGGGGCAGGUUUAUAUUUAGCAGCUCCCCGGGGACCGAUCGGGUUUCCUCUGGGUGCGCCGGCAGCUCCGCGGUGUCCCCGGGGGGCCAGUGACAUGGAGGGAGCGGGGUCGCCCCGCGAGGGGGGGCAGGUGGCCCCCUCCCCCAUCCUGGGGCUGUGGCGCCAGGCUCCCCCCGCCAAGAAGAUGAAGAAAGCCGUCCUCUUCUUCGAGGUGGAGAUCCUGGAUGCCCGGACGCGGGAGAAGCUCUGCUUCCUCGAUAAGGUGGAGCCCCACGCCACCAUCGCCGAGAUCAAGAGCCUCUUCACCAAGGCCCAUCCCCAGUGGUACCCGGCCAGACAGUCCCUGCGCCUGGACCCCAAGGGCAGGUCGCUGAAGGACGAGGACGUGCUGCAGAACCUGCCCGUGGGCACCACCGCCACCUUCUACUUCCGCGACCUGGGCGCCCAGAUCAGCUGGGUGACGGUGUUCCUGACGGAGUACGCGGGGCCGCUGCUCAUCUACCUGCUCUUCUACUUCCGCGUCCCCUUCCUCUACGGCCCCCGCUACGACUUCACCGCCAGCCGCCACCCCGUCGUGCAGUCAGUGGGGCCGGGGGGGCGGGGGGCACUGGAGCUGUCCGGGGGGGGCUGGAGGUCACGCUGGGGAGCCAGGAGGCUGGUUUGGGGGAGAGACCAGAGAUGGUACCAGGAACCCAAGGCAGCUCCAAUGUCCCUGAGGGAGACCAAGGGCCACCAGGAGGGACAAGAGAUGGUGCCCAGGAACCCAAACGAGCUCAAACGUUCCCAGGAGAGACCAAGGGCCAGCAGAAGGAACGUUGGCCGGAGCCCAGGGACCUCAACCAGCCCCAACGUCCCCAAGAGCAGCCGAGAACCUUCCUGA